UCCUUUCCUUCCAGAAGGAGCGUGUUGAAGAUGGCGGCGCAGAGCUCGGUGCCGAGUGAUCUUUAUAGAUGCGUGUAUUCUUUUCUGCUGAAUAACAAGUUCACCAAGGCGGCGCAGCAGUUUUUGAAACAGACGAAAGUGACUCCACAAGAUGAGAAUGAAGAAAACCUCGUCAAUAUCUAUAACUUCUGGGUGAAAUCUCCUGAGGCUAAGAAACGAAAAGCACCUCUUAAUGAGGGUGAGGCCGCCAAUGGUCCAUUGGCCAAGAAAGCAAAAACCACCCCAGAGAGCUCCAGCAGUGAGGACUCAAGCAGCGAGGAUGAAGAAGCUGUUUCCAAACCAACUAAGGCAGCUCCUGCAGCAGCCAAGGGGGUGCCUGCUAAAGCAGCAGCAGCUACUAAAGCUGCAUCCAGCAGCAGUGAGGACUCCAGUGACUCAGAGGAGGAAAAGAAGAAGGCUCCUGCAAAGGCUCCUGUGAAGCCGGUGGCUGCUGCUCCUGCUGCUGGCAACACGAGGAAGAAAGACAGCAGCUCUAGCAGUGAAGAAUCUGACUCUGAGGAUGAGCAGCCUGCUAAAGCCCCUGCACCAAAACCAAAGGCAGGUGCAGUCACAACAUCCAAGCCAGCUGUUCCUGCUAAAGGUGCAGGUCAGAAAAAGCAGGAGAGCAGCAGCAGUGAAGAUAGUUCCUCAGAUUCUGAAGAUGAAAAACCAGCUAAGGCUCCAGUCAAAGCCACCCCAGUAAAGGCUGCUGCUGCUGCAGCUGAGUCAAGCAGUGAAGACUCUUCAUCUGAAGAUGAGGCUCCUCCUAGCAAAAAACCAAAAGCAGGAGCGUACAGUGCAGUCCCACCUCCUGCUUCAAUCCAGAAAGCGCCAGCUGCACCAGCAGCCGCCAAGGCCAAGGACAGUGACUCCUCAGACAGCAGUGACGACAGCAGUGACGAAGAAGAAGAGAAGAAAGUAGCUGCGAAACCUGCACCGGUAAAGACUGCUGCUACCAAACCUGCUGCAAAGAAGCAGGAAUCCAGCUCUGAGAGCUCAGAUUCAAGCUCAGAAGAAGAGGAGGCAAAGAAGCCUGCUGCCAAAGUCACCCCAGCUAAAGCAGCCCCAGUCAAACCUGCUCCAGCCAAGGCCACUCCUGCUAAAAAGGAAGAUUCAGAUUCAGACUCAUCAAGUUCGGAGGAUGAAGAGGAGGUGAAGAAACCUGCAGCGAAGGUGACCCCUGCUAAGGCUGCCCCAGCAAAACCAGCCGCAGCUAAAGCUAAACCUGCUAAAGAAAGCUCCUCAGAAGAGGAUUCCAGUUCGGAGGAGGAGGAGGAGAAGGCAGCAGCAAAGAAACCCGCAGCUAAACCUGCACCUGCCAAGACUACUCCAGCUAAAAAAGAUGAGUCCUCAAGCUCAGAUAGCAGCUCUGAAGACGAGGCUCCAGCAAAAUCUGCCACUAAAACUGCAGCCCCACCGAAACCUGCCGCUGCUUCCAAACCCCCAGCCAAGGCAGCAGAGAGCAGCUCUGAUUCAGAGGACUCCUCUGAGGAUGAGGAAGAACCGGUGAAAGCAAAGGCAGCAGCUAAACCAGCCACCCCGGCUUCAAAGCGUGCAGCCCCUCUUGCAAAGCCUGCUGCAGCAACAGCAGCAGAGAGCAGCUCAGACUCUGACUCCUCUGAAGACGAGGAGGAACCAGCUAAGGCCAAGCCUGCAGGAACUAAGCCUGCAACCCCAGCUUUAAAGCCGGCUACCCCUGCAGCUAAGCCUGCUGCUCCAGCAGAGAGCAGCUCAGACUCUGACUCCUCUUCUGAAGAUGAAGACAAACCAGUCAAGGCUAAACCUGCAGCAGCUAAACCAGCUACCCCAGCUUCAAAGCCAGCUACCCCUGCAGCAAAGCCCACUGCAGCAGAGAGCAGCUCUGACUCUGAUUCUUCCUCUGAGGAUGAAGAAGAACCAGUGAAAGCUAAGCCAGUGGCAGCAGCUAAACCAGCUACCCCAGCAACAAAGCCCGCCACGCCUGCAUCAAAGCCCGCUGCCGCGAAAGAGAGCAGCUCCGACUCUGACAGCUCAGACUCUGAGAAUGAGGCCAAACCUGCAGUCAAGAAACAAGCUCCAGCGGUAUCAGUGGCCAAGAAACCUGCCACUGCUGCCAAGGCUCCUGCAGACUCCAGUGAGGACAGCUCCAGCGAGGAGGAGGAGCCCAAGAAGGCAGCACCCAAGCCCAAGCCCGCAGCCACAAAGGCAGCUGCUGCUCCAGCAAAGAAGAAGGCUGAGGAGAGCAGCUCUGAGUCCUCGGAUAGCUCUGAUUCUGAGACAGAGACCAAGUCCACACCUGCUAAGCCAGCGAAUGGCAAGGCAGCAACACCCAAGACAACCAGUGCAGCAGCCAAGGCCCCAGCAAAGCCAGAAGAGUCCUCAUCCAGUGACAGUAGCUCUGAGGAGGAAGAGGCCAGUAAAACUACACAAGUCAAAGUACAAAAACCUGCUGCAACAGCAAAGACAACUCCGACAGCUAAACCUAAAGAGAGCAGCAGCAGCUCCUCAGACAGUUCUUCAGAUGAGGAGGAAGCACCACGCAAAGCAGCCACAGCACCCACCACCCCUGCAACAAAUGGUACCAAAGGAAAGAGAAAAAGAGACGAAGAGUCGUCAGAAAGUGAGGAGGAAGAGACAGAAGUCACAACACCAAAAAACAAGACAGUAACAACGACACCUCAGACUUUCCCUAAAGCCAGUAAGAAGUCUUCCAAUAUACCCUUCCGAAGAAUAAGAGAAGAAGAAGUAAAUGUGGAUCCCCGUCUUGCUGACAACUCCUUUGACGCAAAGUAUGGAGCCAAAGGGGACUGGGGCGAGAAAGCUAACGACGUGCUCCGGUUCACAAAAGGCAAGUCGUUCCGCCACGAAAAGACGAAGAAGAAGAGGGGAAGCUACCGCGGCGGCGCCAUCUCAACCUCAGUCAACUCCAUUAAGUUUGACAGUGACUGAGCGCCUUCUAGCCUUGGUCCCUCACACCUGAACUGAACUGUACUGUACCUUUGUGAUCAGGACUAUCAAUUUGUCUCCUUCCUGCCCCUAACAUCCAGUCCCUCUGUCAUCUCCACCCAGCAGCAGCACGCUGACAGAAGAAUGUGACCCGCAGAGCUGAGCUGACUUACAUUUAGUUUGCUGCCCUUAAUUUGUAAUGGAGACUGUUCAUUUUAUCUCUGUGGCAGCAGGAGAGACAUGUACCCAGCUGUGACUGUGACUGUACUGGUUGACAUCUUUGUGACAUUAUUACACUUAUAGCCACUAGGUGGCUGCAGGCCUCCUGUUAACGGUAAAAGGCCAAUGUCUGUGUUGGGCCUCUAUAUUCUUUCUUGUUUUGACUUUUUCCUCUACUUUAUUCUCAAAUGACAAAAUGUCCUGCCAUUUUUUUUCCCAUUUAUCUAUGUAUGAAUGACAUCCGAUGUUUUGAAAAGGCAGAUACUGAUUUUCAAUGGAUCACAUGGGUUCUUGAAUUUUGUUUGGUCGUUUUGGUAAUUUUUAUGUGACCACAUUUAAAUGCGGAGAGGGUGUGUGCUCGGGCUGUUUCUCGCAACAUUACAUAAAAACGUUUAGGGAGUAGAACAGUUUUAUAUUGUAUAUUUAUUAAGUUUUAUUCCAUUUCAACUUUUAGGACCUCAGAUUUUUUUCUCCAUGCUAUUCUCAAGCCAUUUUGCUUUCUGAUGUUAGGAUGCCCCUGUCCAGCCCUCCCUGCUCUGUGUGGUAUUGAAUUAAUUAUUCACAAAUGUAACUGAGAGCCAUGAUUGUUUCAAUUAUUUGAAUUUACUGUAUGUCAUUUUUUUAUUACCAGUUCUUGUAGCUGUUAUUAAAGACCUAACAGAAUAAAUGGUGGUGUGGUUGUAA